GUUCUCAACGAUCCCAAAACAAACCUUCGCUGGUUUAAAGAGAAACAGCUGCGCCGAACCGUGUGUGUAGAGCCUCUUAAGCACCGAGAGAGCAUUUCGCUGGUUCUACAGAAACUACGUAGUCGCGUAUCCGCACCAGCAGCACAGCCAUGGCCGAAACGUCCGAGAGCACUGCAGAGGCGUACAUCGAAUAUCUUGAGAAGCAGCUCCUUGAGGUCACCUCCUGCCGCUGCUAUCAGCCUGUCCACAGGUUUACUGCAUUGUCAGCAUCUCGCGGAGGAAGUGUAAGACGCCUAAUCCUAGCUUCUGUACUGGAUGCAUUGAAGGUGUGUCUUGGAGUGUUCCUCGUACUGCAGAUUGCAGUGCGACUCUCAUUGUGA